AUGAUGCACUUCAUGAAGUUUUUGUUUGCUGAAGUGACCAUGCAAGUGUCAGAUGUUAUAUUGGAUUACUACACUAAUGGGAUGUUGACGAAUGAAAUGCUGAAAUCUAAACACGAAGACGCCAACAAGAAUAAUUCUGUAGCAAUAACACAACAUGAUAUUCCAAGUGCGGGCAUCAAGAUGGAGCACUUCCAGCCAGCGCUAGACCCGCGCAAGCAGGAGCUUCUGGAGGCCCGCUUCCUCGGCCAGCGGGGAACAGGCGAAUUUUCGUCUCCCAGCAGUUGUCCUCAGUGUCCACCCCGGUGUGGACUUCCUACUACUCCCACUGUGGAUUGGCCGACCAGUAGGGAGCGACAACCGCCUUCACAGAUGUCGGCAGGGUCACAAAUUCAGAUGGCACCUCAAGCAACAGUGAACUCAGGCCAGUCAGUUCAUAGUCAGGACUCAAACAUGAGUACAGGUUCGUCUCAUAGCGAUAAAGAGGUGGACUCCACUCCUGAGAAACUCCCUCGAACUCCAUCGGAGCAGCGGAAACGAAAGCGUAAAAUAGAUGAUGGGGGAGGGGGAGGAACCAGCUGUACUGGAAGUGGUGGUAGCAAUGCUGGAGUAGUGGGAGGAGUGACUGUGGCAGUAGGAGGAAGUACAGCUACAACUGUGGGUCCUUCAGGAGCUAAGGGAGCACGCACUGAUAACAAAAAAAUUAACGAGUACUUCCCUAAACAUGCUGGCAAUAGUCCUAUCCGACAUGGUGGCUCCAAAAGCCCAUCACCUCAACAAGGCUAUCCAAUGUAUCCUCCUUCUCCGCAGUCACUGCUGCCAUCUCCUCAAACUCCUGUACCGCAGAACGUUACUCCAGAGUUCUCAAGUUUAAUGCAUCCACCUCGACCACCUCCUACAAUGGUCAACAAGCAAGUCCAGACUGAGCUUACGUGUCAAAGGAUACAAGAAUUUGAAAAUCAAACAUCAACUGACCUCGAAAUGCGGAAUAACAAAAUAGAUGAAUUAAAUAGAACAAUGGAUGAGUUACGGCGGCAGUUGGCAGCGCAACAAAAGAUAAUGGAGCAGCACAAGUCACACAUCAAUAAAUGUAUUGAUGUAGUAAAAAAGCUGUUAAAAGAAAAGUCGAAUAUUGAGAAAAAGGAAGCUAGGCAGAAGUGCAUGCAGAAUAGGUUACGACUAGGGCAGUUUGUUACGCAACGGGUGGGAGCUACCUUUCAAGAAAAUUGGACUGAUGGGUAUGCCUUCCAAGAACUUGCAAGGCGGCAAGAAGAAAUAACUGCUGAGCGAGAAGAAAUUGAUAGGCAAAAGAAAUUAUUGUUAAAGAAACGUCCUUCGAAUAGUGAAACGGGCAGAAAACGUAGCGGCAGUCAAGCAUCAAGUCAGGGAUCAACUGUUCUUCAUAAUGGCACUGAUGCCACGUUCCUGAAGCCUGACUCUGUGCCGGGUGCGUUUUCCUGGCAAGAGUAUUAUGAAGCGGAUGAAAUUCUUAAGUUGCGUCAAAGUGCUCUUAAGAAAGAAGAUGCAGAUCUGCAGCUUGAAAUGGAGAAGUUGGAAAGAGAACGCAAUCUUCAUAUUCGUGAGCUCAAAAGAAUUCAUAAUGAGGACCAAUCACGUUUCAAUAACCAUCCAGUUUUAAACGAACGCUAUUUGUUACUCAUGUUAUUGGGUAAAGGUGGCUUUAGUGAAGUUCACAAGGCUUUUGACUUGAAAGAGCAAAGGUAUGUGGCUUGUAAAGUGCAUCAAUUAAAUAAAGACUGGAAAGAAGAUAAAAAAGCGAAUUAUAUAAAGCAUGCCUUGAGGGAAUAUAACAUUCAUAAAGCGUUAGAUCAUCCGAGAGUCGUAAAACUGUAUGAUCACAAGACCAUCCCAGAGCGGGAAGCGCGGUCUAUUGUGAUGCAGGUCGUGUCUGCAUUAAAAUACCUCAACGAAAUUAAGCCUCCUGUUAUUCAUUAUGACCUCAAACCAGGUAAUAUAUUGCUGACAGAAGGUAACGUUUGUGGUGAGAUCAAAAUAACGGAUUUUGGUCUCAGCAAAGUAAUGGAUGAGGAAAACUACAAUCCAGAUCAUGGCAUGGAUCUAACUUCGCAAGGUGCUGGAACCUAUUGGUAUCUGCCGCCAGAAUGUUUUGUAGUUGGAAAAAAUCCUCCUAAAAUAUCUUCAAAGGUGGAUGUAUGGAGUGUAGGUGUAAUUUUCUACCACCAUUUGGUCAUAACCAAUCACAGGCAACGAUACUGGAAGAGAAUACCAUCCUCAAAGCAACAGAGGUGCAGUUUGCUAAUAAGCCUGCAGUCACAAAUGAAGCUAAGCUGUUUAGCGUAUCGAAAAGAGGAGCGCAUUGAUGUUUUCUCCUUGGCCCGGCACGAGUACCUGCAACCUCCUAUGCCCAAACAUGGACGUCAGACUAGCAACCAGCAAAUGCAACAGCAGGCACAACAGCAGCAGCAACAAGCUCAGCAACAGACAUCAUUUAGUACUGGAAUGUUCAGUGGAAUGAAUGCAUCAAGCUCAUCAUAGUGGUGGCCGUGUGUUGCUGUGCUCCAAUAUUGCCAGUAAAUUUGCAUGCAGUACCCUGAACUCGCUCCUAUGUAUAGUAUAUUUCUGUCAACAAAAAGAAUUGUGUAUUUUAACAUGCUUUAUUCAUUCAAAUAUUGUGCAUACACACACUUCCAGAAGGUCAUGAAAUUGGGAAGUCUAGGAUCACCAUGCUUCUAAUUGUAAAUAGUACGUUUACAUAACUGAGAAAUUAGGAAUUGUUCUUGUCCUUUAAACAAUCACUACCUCAAAAAUAAGUAUCAUACUUUCAUACUAAGUCAAUAAAGAAUGUGAUAGUGUGACAAAUCUGAGUGGUUUUGACUUCUAAUGAACUCGGUUGUAUAAUAUGGUAGGAAAUUAUCAGUCCCUAAAUCCAGUCCAUUGUGUUUGUUUCAUUAUUGCUAAUGUAGGUUGAAUUCAUUGAACACCAUUGUUCCUUUUUUAAUACUUCAACUGGGUGGUGUUACCUUCAUUUACCAUAUUAUUGUCACUAAAUCUCAUUACCAGUCACUCUCGUGCUUCAAACAUGAACUUCUGAAAAUUAAUAAUUCCUUAUUCCUGGUAUUUUCAUGCUCAUGCUGUUUAUGCAUAUAUAUAUAUAUAUAUAUAUAUAUAUAUAUAUAUAUAUGAUGUGUGUGUGUCUCUUUCUUAAGUGUAGAAAUGCCUUUAAAGUUAUUUUAUAUGUAAAUAUCUGUAUGAUUGCUUUCUUGAAACACAGUUGUUGUGGUGAGGGACUUUCAGCCUCUUGUACAUUAUUAGUCACGAAAACAAAGUCAGAAGCUAGCCACAUGUAGGCAUUUUCAAAUAAUAUCCACCAUCAUAGUAUCGUCUUUACCUCUAUCAGAAAAAAUUGUCAUCUAAAGAAACUGUCCAUUUUAGUUGCUGCCAAAGGCAAUCCUUUUGAAAGAAAUAUUUGUAAAGAGCUUCAAUGAGAUUUUUAAGAGUUAUCUUAAAUUGUCACUAAUAGUUAAAUUUGGAACUAUUUUCUUUCUUCCCAAAUAAGUGUACAAAAGUUGAUAUAUUCAGUAAACACAUUUUUAAUAUCAAUACUUGUGCUUUCAUGCAAACAAAAUCUUACAUUUUUAUCUUGACUGGCACAAUUGUUGUGCUAUAAAGACUUAGGCCAAUCAAUCAAGAGCAAUAUAUUAUUUUUCAAAUAGACUGACAUAUCUGAACAGAAGUGAUAGUAGUUUAAAAUACAAAAGUUUGCGACUUUCAUUCACAAGAAAAUCAAGACAUUCAGAAAUAGGAUGUGUGUGUAAAUACUGUACAAUCAAUAAUUUUGAGUUUUUUAUAUUUUGGAAGAGGAUAUUAAAAUUUUAAAUGCAUGCGACUUUUAUUAUGGAAUAAUUUCGAGAUACAGAUAAGUUGACAAAUGUUAUUACGUAUUCUUAUACCUGCAGGUUAGGCAAUUUUGUCAUUCAUUAAACGACGUUGCUGGACAAUGGAUAACAAAUUUCUUCUGAUUAUUAAAUUAAAAUCCCGUUCUGAUUUAGAAAACUCUAUUUGAAUUUGUUGUGGGAAUUGAUGUCUGUGUGUAUGUUGGAAUAUUUUUUUAAUAUAUAUAUAUAUUUAUAUAUUUUGUAAUAGUUCCUUUUGUAGGGCAAUUUUAUUAUUCGUAAUUUAGAUGAUAAAGUUGCUAUGUUCUCCCCCUCCAUAAUUUGCGUGACUGAAUUUUUCAUGUUUAAUUAAUUUUUUUUAUUUUUAGUAACAUUUUAUUUAUACUUUUGUAGCAAUGUUGAUCACGCCCUCACAAUUUUGACUUAUUGUCGCUUUUUUGAAAUUCUAUUGUUACUCAAAAGAAGUGAAAAUUCAGAUUUUAAGUAAAUCUCUGAAAAAUAAUUAAUGUGGACUUUGUCAUUGUCUCUGCCAUUAUACCAUUUGCUGCGUGGUGGCAUGUGCAAGCAUUGCUUGUUUCAUGGACAGAAAUCGCCAUUUAUUUUAAUGGAAUAAUGUUGCCCCAAAAUUCUGAGUUUCGUAAAAUCUACUGUAAUAAAUUAAAAAACCAAGAGUUGUCAUCAAUUUUUUUGUAUCACAUACAAAGUGAUGUUACUUAUUGUCAAUUAAUGGAAUGAAAAUGAAGUUGCAAAGAAAUUAAAUUGUACUCUUCUAUACAAAAGAGCCUUUUUGUGGAAAAGUGGCAUGUGAGAAAAUAUUUUAUUUCUUAUUGAUGUUAAUUUGAUCGAAAUGCUUAAUGACAUUAAGCCAUGGGUUGAUAUGAAAUUGAGCAAGAUGUUAAGCACUUGCAUGUAGUAGUGGAUGAUUGCACAAUAGCUCUUUCUGCGUGUAUGUACUAAGAUUACCAAACGCACUUCAGUUUCACAUGUUGGAGAAUUACUCGAGAUUUGUUUUGAGUAAAAGAUAAUAUGAAGCAUGCUCUAUUGUUUCAGAUCCUCUAUUUUUCAAGUUUUUGAGCUUGUUACAUGUUGGGGGAAUUAGUUUAAAUAAACUUUAUAUCCAUGGAAUAUUUUAAUAAUCAAUUUGAAUUCUUGCAAUUUUCAAUGAUCAUCCAGGAUUUCAGUACUUUGCCCAUUGAGAGUUGCCAUCAUGUGCAUUCAUUUGCAAAUUUGAAUCAUUAAAUAAGAAUCUGUGAACAAAAUUAAAAGUUAAUUGAGGAUGAGUAGUAAUUGUAGUUUGAGCUGAGAUAAUGUAAUAGGGAUUAAUUGGUCUCUAAUACAGUAAUACUUGUUUUGAAAGAAUUGUGUUGUGAGAAGUGGUUGGUCCGAAGAUGGCUUUAAAUGGUAUAAUUUGGCUAUCAAUGGAAAGAAGUAACUGUCGUGUUUGGAAUUGUAUUGAAAGCUAGGCAAUUGGGAUUUAUAUCAUUUUCUUAGUUGCCAGAUUUUGUUCUUAAACAGACUCCAAAAAUCCAUGAUAAAAUCAAAUGGUAAAAAAUAGGUAUGCACUAAGUCCUUGUAAGGCUGAAACUAUGUUCUGUGUAAAUCAUGCUUUGUGUUUAAACCUUAAUUAAGUUUUUUAAGUAUCAAACCUCUUAAAUUAAAAAAAAAAAUAUUUAAUUUGUGGAAGUAGCAAUUCCAGGAAGGCAAGAGAAGAUUGCAAGUGAGGAAAGUUACUUCAUAUUCAAGUGGUAAUGAACAUUGAAUCUUUUAACACUUGUGAUUGAAUUUAAGCGGGGAAUGUAUUUUAAUAUUGGGAAAUGAAUCUGAAGGGUUUUUAGAAUUGGAAAUAGUACUAAAGAAGAAAAUACUGUUGCUGAAAAUGUUGGAAGGCUAUUAUACUAGUUAUUGACACAAAUCAUGACAAAAUUCCAGGUAGUUUUUACCAGAUUAUAAAGUGAGAUUUUUUUUCUGAAUAUUCCAUUUGUGAAGUACAAGGUCACCAUAUAUUCGCAGAUGAAGCAUAGUUGGUUAGGAAAUAUAUUUUUACUCUGCCUUAUCAUACCAAGAAGAAACUCAAAUGCUUACAUAACAAUGAGAAGCAAAAGCCAUACAUAUUACACAUUCUAUAAUCUUAAAUUAUAUUUGAUGUUGGCAUCCUCCACAAAUUUGCUGGGUGAUCAGUACUUGUAGCAAGUGAAGCACAUGAAAAUAAGUAAGUCAUUACCUAAAUUGUGUUACGAUGUGUUGAUUGACAAGGCUGUGCAGACUCUUGGUUUGUUGCCUGCCGAGUGAGAAUUGUGUUUUGCAAGAAAUAAAAUGGAAAGAGAAAAAAAUGUUGAUAGAAAUACGCUUUAUUCAUCCAACCACUGAGACAGAAUGUUAAAAUAUUUAUUCUUAGCGAAAACUUCACAAACUUGGAAGCUUGCCCGUAUCUCCUGCAUUACAUGCGAAUAAACAGACGGAGGUUUACAAGUUUGCAUUUCACAACUCUAACAUGCGUACAUGAAACAUUGCGCAUUUCAAGGCUAUUCUGAUAGAGAUUGCGAAAGAACUGUUAAAAAGCCACAAACAAAGCAUGUUUGGAAGAAAAUCUGCUGAUUUAGAAGGGAAUGUUCUUAGGUUGCACGCAACAUUUUCAGGUGGGUCUCUUAAAGUGGUUGGAUGAUGCACUAUGGAAGAAGGACCACAAAGAAAGAAGCGAAAUAUAUGUGAAGAUGAAAAUGGUAGGGACAAAAACUACAAUUAUGAUUAUUUUAAGGAACAAGAAAAUGAUAGUAUAGGCAAUACCAAGUUUUAAAAUUCUCACUGAGACAAUUUUCUAGUCACUUAGACAAUUUCCAAUUUUAUUUUGCCUAAAUAGUAAGAAUUGGUUCAUGCUCAAAAUUAGGUCAGCUUAUAUUUUGGUACAUAUCGUGGUCGGUCUUCUAGCGGAUAGCAAAGAAACAUUAAAAUUGGACUUUUAAACUCUGACAAAUGUGAAUUGAAGUUGUUUUAAACACUCACAUGAUAACUUAAUGAAGUAUUGGAGUCCGAAGUAAUAGUUUGCUGGAAAAAUGGGCAUUCAUUAUUUUAAUUUUUAUAUUUAAAAAACGUAUUGAUUUAUGAAAAUAUUGGGUAAUACAUAUUUUUUAAGUUUCCUUUGAGUUCAAAUUUAUAUUUUAAAAAAUCCACUGUAAAUACGUUAUUGUAUGCUUACCAGUGACAUCAUAUAUUCAUAAAUUGUAUUGAUAUUAAUAAUAUAAUUUUUUAGUUUGUUUAAUUAACUUUAAUAAUAGAGAAUGCAAAUGUAAAGAUAACCUGUAAAAGUCAAAUUAGUUUUUGUUUAAUGGCAUGAUCAGUGAUCUGCUAGUCAAAUAUUUUGCAAUUAGAUCAUGCUGAAGUAAGAUGAUGUGUGGUCUUAUGUAACUACUGCCUCUGCAUUAAUUCCCCUUCUAUCAUGUCUCUCUGAAUUAUUUAAUCUAAUCUUUCCAUUUAUUUUAUUAUGUACAUUUCUUCCUAUUGAUGCUCUCAUUAUUAGACUUGCAUGUGUUUUCUAAUUAUUCUUUUAUUUAUGAAGACUGGCUCAUAUUCUAGGUUGUGGUAGAUGAAAUUGACAUGUUCACUCUUUCUCUACCCUUCUAUAUCAUUGCUUACUUUUAAUUGAAAGUUUUAAUUUAAACUAUCAGAAUUGUCCUGAAAAAUACAUGGUGAUCCUAAACUAUAAAUGAUGUACUUCUAAAGAAAAAGGAGGAAAACUGAGGAAUACCAAAUAUUUUGUGUAUUUGAAAUUGAAGAGAAUUGUUUGUGAUUAUAAUACAAGAGUUCGACAUUUUCCUAUUACCAGAUCUCCCAUUGAUGUUAUUUAAAAAGAUUUACUGUAAUACAUUUUCCCCAAUGUCAGUGCGUUUUUUUCCAUCAGUCUGAAUCAUAUUUUCUUGUCUCCAUUUUUGUUUCCGAAUACUGUAAAAUAUAUUUUUAAUUUGCUAGCAGUUUUGCAGAAAUUUAAACUUCUGUUAAUUAUGAAUUUCUAAGAGAACAAACAACUAAAUAUAAAACAUGAAUUUAACGUUUCGAAUAUUCAGAAUGAUUUUGUACUCUGUUCUUAAAGUUUUCAUUGAACACUAAUGUAGUUCCGAAGUAAUGUGGUAACUUGUAACAUUAGAUAAACUUUCUAAGGAGCAGAGAACGUGUACAUAAUUUUUAUAUUUAAGAUCGACGCAUGAAUGCAGAUGGUAGUUGAGUUUGACAGGUUUUCUGCAAAUGCGUGAGUGUUAGCCUCUAGGAUUAAUAAACUUUUAAAGAGCCAAAUGAAUCUAUCUUAGAAAAGAAAUUUUCUUCUUAACAUAUGUAAAAAAGAAAAAAAGAAAAUUGAGCAGCAAAAACUUUAUUCUUCGAAACUUUCCUGCAUUGUAAUUUGCUAUGAACUACAUUACCAGUAUAUCUAAUGUCAUUAUCUAAAGAAGCUUUUUAACCAUAUUGUUUAAUCCAAUGAUUAUUCUUUUGAGUAUUAAUAUUUAGUAGAGUGGUAAUUGCCAUAGUGUUAAUGUUUCAUAAUAUUUGGAAUGGGAAAUAUUGGAAUUAAAGAUGCUUUAUCUGACUAAAAGCAUAUAGAGCAGGACUUGCUGUUUCAAAUUCAGUCCAUAUUUUGUUAUGCCUACAGCUCCAAAAGAAUGUGUCGCAGGGUUGUGAUGUAUGAGGGAAAUGGACCUAAAACCGUUACUUGUUAGUUAAGAUCACAUUUCAGCAUUUGGACCAUAGCAGUAGAGAUGAUCAGGACCAUUAUCAAGUUAUGAAUAAGAAAAGGGAUCUUGCAAUUAAAUAAAUAAAAUGUCAGGAAAGGAGUUUUCCAUUAAUGCUUUGUAUUAAUCUUGUGUAUUCACAUCAAAUUCCAUGUUGGGAAUCAGGGCUGUGAAUAGCAUUACCCCUUAGUGAAAUAUUGCCUUUGCUACUUUAAGAUUUAUCCCUGUGGUGAUCAGAGCCAUUUGCAUGAAGGUCACCUGCUGUACUGGAAGAAUUUAAGUAUUCGCUUUUGUAAAUUGCUACUCGUGAUGGAAUAAACAAUGCAAAUAGUGUCAUUUAAUAUUGUAGAUUUGUAUGAACAUUUUUCUAGACUAAAUUUUUUUGGUUCAUCUGAGUAACAUCAAUGUUACAAAAUUCGUCGUUGAAGUUACUUCAGUUUUGUCAAUUACAAAAUUAAGUUCAUGAAAAUGAUGAGGGAUCAGUCACAGUUUUUACUUUGUAAAUAUGUGUUUUUAUAGAUAAUGUGCUAUUAAUCCAGUUCUUGGGCAUCUCGUUUCUAAAAGGGCUAUUAACACUGUCAUGGAAAUUUAUCUUUUUCUACUUUGUAAUGUUAAGUCAUAAAGACAGUAAGUUUUUAAAAUUAUUUAUUGUUCUUUCAUAUGCAUGAUCAUGCUUUUGACAUUGAGAUCAUGAAAAGAUAUAAAAUAUAUG